GAAGAAAAAUAUUUGUGAAGUAUGGAUUACCUCAACAAGUUGAAGUCGGCGGUAUCAACGGCAUCGCAGUAUCUGCCUGGAAAUCCCGUGACAAGGGAGUUUGAAGUCGUAAGACAUGUUGGGAGCGCAGGACCAGGGUUGCUGUGGAAGAUUUACGCAGGGGUAAAGCGAUCGACAAAACAGCCUGUUGCCAUAUUCAUCCUAGAGAAAAAAGUUCUGGACAGGUACACCAAGACGGACAGAGAUCUGAUACUCGAGGCAUGCCGGAAGGGAGUGUCUCAGCUCACGAGGCUGAGACAUCCGAGACUGCUCACCGUGCAGCAUUCCAUGGAAGAGUCACGCGAGAGCUUGGCGUUCGCGACAGAGCCGGUGUUUGCGAGUCUUGCCAACGUUCUCGGAAACCACGAGAACAUGCCAAACCCUAUGCCGCCAGAUUUUGCCGACUACAAGCUGUUUGAGGUCGAGAUAAAGUACGGACUGCUACAGAUUACAGAGGGUCUUUCAUUCCUGCACAACGACUUGAAGAUCAUGCAUCGUGGCAUAGCCCCGGAGUCGAUCGUCAUCAACGCAAACGGAGCGUGGAAAAUCGCGGGAUUCGACUUCUCCGUUCCGAGCUCCAAUCCCCAGGAUCAGGAGCCGUCUUAUCCAUUCUGUGAAUGGGACAGCAGCGUCGCUCCGUUGGCUCAGCCGAGCCUCAACUACCUGGCUCCCGAAUUUGCGCUCACGAUGACCUGUGAUAGGGCCAGCGACAUGUUUUCUCUGGGAAUGGUGUUCUACGCCGUCUUCAACGAGGGAAAGCCGCUUUACGACGACUGCCACACGUACAGCACCUACAAGAGGAACUGCGAGAAGUUCAAGAGCCUACACGCGUCGAGUCUUGGCAGUGUGCCAAACGAUGCACGGGCACACGUGAAGAUGUUGCUGAAUGCCACUCCGGCGCUCAGACCAGAUUCUGAUCAACUCUCAAAGAUUCCGUUCUUCGAGGACGUCGGUGCGAUGACGCUGCAGUACCUCGACUCACUGUUCCAGCGUGACAACCUCCAGAAGUCGCAGUUCUUCAAAGGCCUGCCAAAGAUUCUAGCCAAACUUCCCAAGAGGGUGAAGCAUCAGCGCGUGCUGCCAUCUCUCUGCAAGGAGUUUGUCAAUCCUGAGAUGGUCCCGUUCGUGCUUCCCAACGUGCUGCUAAUCGCCGAGGAAAGUUCCGGACAGGAGUACAGCGAACUCAUCCUGCCCGAUCUGAAACCCGUGUUCAAACUCACGGAGCCGAUACAGAUUCUGCUGAUCUUCAUGCAGAACAUGUCGCUGCUGCUGUCCAAGACUUCGACAGACGACAUAAAGAACCACGUUCUACCCAUGGUUUACCGCGCGCUGGAGUCAGACACCCCACAGAUACAGGAGCUGUGCCUGAGCAUCAUUCCAUCGUUUGCCACGAGAAUCGAAUACGCCUCGAUGAAGAACGCAGUGCUGCCCAGGUUGAAGAAAAUCUGCCUACACUCCACCGCACACUCGGUGCGGGUCAACUGCCUCGUGUGCCUCGGCAAGCUGCUGGAGAGCUUCGAUAAGUGGCUCGUGUUGGACGAGGUUUUCCCGAUGCUGCGCGAGAUUCCAUCGCGCGAGCCCGCCGUCCUCAUGGGAAUCCUCGGUAUAUACAAGCAAACACUCACGCACAAGAAGCUGGGAAUAACAAAGGAGAUCAUGGCCACCAAAGUCCUGCCGUUUCUGUUCGUCAUCAGUAUUGACAACAACCUCAGUUUAAAUCAGUUCAACGCGUUUAUGACAGUGAUCAGGGACAUGUUGAACAGGGUAGAGUCAGAGCAUCGGAGCAAGCUGGAGCAACUCAACCAAAUGCAGAUGGAGCAGAAGUCGAGCCUGGAGUUUAGUCGCAGCGUGAAUACCGGCGGGGAGCCACAGAAUCUCAUCUCUGGCAUUGAGAAGAAGCCAGAGAGCGAUAUGGAGCACAUUUUCAGUGGUUUUGGACUGGGAGGGUACCUGCAACCAAAGUCUGCUGGUGACAUGAACUCCAACCCUCAGGUGGCUUCAGUCACAUCGCCAGACCAGCCAGCGAUCCCGAAUAGUGGCCAGGGCGCAUCGAUGACAAUGGAGGAGAAGCAACGGUUGGCACGGCAACAGGAGCAGGCGCAGCGCAUGAAAGCCCAGCAGACGCCGAGGGCGCCACCUGAGGCGACGUCCGCGACGACGUCCGGGAGGGACCUGACGACGACGCUUGGCAGCGGCGGGGCGCCACCUCCCGCCGCAUCCUCCCCACGCGGCUACAGCGGGAGCGCGCAGUCGCCGACGACCCACGCCGGCGGAUUCGCUUCUGCGACGGCGGUGCCCCCCACCGGCCAGGCUCCGACCUUCGGCGCCGCGGCGGCAAACCCGACGGGUUACGGGAUGGCGCCGGCGAACGUAGGGGGCGCUGCGAUGUUCGCGCAGCGGCCGGUGCGUCCGUUGCCGCCGCCCGCCGCCGCAAGCAACGGUUUCGGAAACUUCCAGCAGGCGGCGUUCGCGUCUGGCGGCGCCGGCGGUCAGAAAGCCGCGCCCGCACUCGACAACCUGUUUGGCGCGCCGCAGAAAGCGCCACCUAUGUAUCAGCUGCCGCAGCAGCGACUAAGUUCACCGUCGUCGUCGUUCCCCCAGCAGAUGGUCGGAAGCAUGGCUUUCUCAAACUCGCCGAUGCGACCAACGGCGAUGGGGGGCCAGCCAAUCACUGCCAACCAGGGCAUGAUGGGACAGCAGGGCAUAAUGGGACAGCAAAGCAUGAUGGGACAGCAAAGCAUGAUGGGACAGCAAAGCAUGAUGGGACAGCAAACAAUGAUGGGACAGCAAAGCAUGAUGGGAAAGCAAGGAAUGAUGGGACAGCAAGGCAAUAUGAGACAGCAAGGCAUUAUGGGACAGCAAGGCAUGAUGGGACAGCAGAAACCAGUCAUGCAGCAGAAACCAGCCGACGAUUUUGCCGACAUUUUUGGGUAG